AUGUUUACCCUACUACAUUUCUUCAUGCUCAUGCAGAUGGUAGUCACCGUCGAUGCUGCUUUAGAAAUCACCUACACCAGUGGAGAGUACAUCCAUCACUACGUUUUCGCUACUAUUGCGUUGUAUUGUCUUUGGGAUCAAGGUGUCGCGACUAUCAAGGAUGUGAUCGCGGGGAUCAAUGAAGAUGGGAAUACCGGUGUUGCAAGAGUCACCGAGUACCGUCUUUGGUUGGCCCUUGUGCGCGACUUCGGUGUUCGCUGGGGUAGUGGAAUGAUUCCUGGUGAUAUCAAGGCGGCUGUUAACAACGUUGAAUCUGGCAUUGGAGUCCACGUUACCGAUUGGGAUCAUGAACUUCCUGCCCCCUACGAAGGAGAUACGGAUGAUGACAGCGAAGAAGAGGAGUAG